AUGUGCCACAAGAGAAUCCCCGGAGAAAUAUUACUGCAAUCCAAUCAAGCCGUUGAUCCUUACAUUUAUUCGCCAAGUGCAAUUAUUUUCGGCUCUGAUCAAGAAGUUGCUGGUGUGAUGAGAGCAGUAGAACGAGGUAACGCCACCAGCCUGUUCAGCUGGGUUGGAUCCGACGGUUGGAGCGCACGGACCCUAGUAUCCGAUGGGAACGAGAGGGCAGUAGAAGGCACUAUUAGCGUACAGCCCCAAGCAAACGACGUGAGAGGCUUCACGGAAUAUUUUCUAGGACUAAAUGUGAAAAAUAAUCGAAGAAACCCCUGGUUUAUCGAGUUAUGGGAGGCACAGUUCCAGUGCCGUUAUCCCGGCAGCCCUCGCACUCCAUACAACGGUCAUUUCGAGCGCGCCUGCUCCGGCCACGAGCGACUCACAGUAGACAACACGGAGUUCGAGAGGCAGCUGCAGUUCGUGUCCGACGCUGUCCUGGCCUUCGCUUAUGCUAUACGCAACGGUGAUGGCCCUGCGAGAUACAACAUAUUACACUUCAAACAGGUCCAACAGAACGUCUAUAGAUGGGUUAAUGUUGGCCAGUACUUGGACGGGGAACUGCAAUUGGAUUUAGAUAAUAUUCAGUUCAAAUGGUAUGAGCGACGUCCGCCAGAGUCUGUCUGCAGCGCAGAGUGUGAGCUGGGACAGGCUAAACAGUACGUGGAAGGUGAAAGCUGCUGUUGGCAUUGCUUCAACUGCACGCAGUACGAGAUCCGGUCGCCGUUCGUGGAGACGGCGUGCAUGGUGUGCCCGCGGGGCGCGCUCCCGGACGCCACGCGCACGCACUGCCGGCCCAUCCCCGAGGCGUACCUGCGCCCCGACUCCGCCUGGGCCAUCGGCGCCAUGUCCUUCUCUUCCGUCGGGAUACUGCUUACAGCAUUUGUGUGCGGUGUUUGGGUGCGACAUAGUUCAACGCCAGUGGUGCGUGCGAGUGGGAGGGAGCUGUCUUACGUCCUGCUCGCCGGUAUUCUCAUGUGUUACCUGGUCACCUUCGCCCUUGUGUUCGGCACAGGCUUCUGUUUCACAGUGGUCUAUGCUGCCCUCUUGACCAAAACUAAUAGGAUAUCAAGAAUCUUCAACGCGAGCAAACACUCCGCGAAGAGACCAAUACUGAUCUCGCCGAGUUCACAACUGGCCAUUUGUGCUGCCUUGGUGUCUAUCCAGUACCCGGCUAAUCACUUUGCCCAUCUAAUAUUUAAUAUUCGUGAGUUACAGUUUUAGUUACCUUUAAAUAAAUGUUAUAUUAUAUGUAUAUUCAGUAGAUCUGAGAAUAGGUCAUUUUCUAUUUUUGUUUUUUUGUUUAAGUUAAAGGGGGUUGAUCUCCCCCUUUUAUAGGGCAAAACAAAUUUUGUCGGGUCAGCUAGUACUAUAUAAUCUCUCACAAAAAGGCUACACAUCAGUUAUCGUGUGAGCUUUAUUCCGCAGGUGCUAAUAGUGGUGGUGUGGAUGAUAGUGGCCCCUGCACGCGCCAUGUUCCACUAUCCCACCAGAGAGGACAACAUGUUGGUGUGCGACUCGUACGUGGACGCGUCCUACAUGAUCGCCUUCUUUUACCCCAUCGUCCUCAUACUCGUGUGCACAGUUUACGCCGUCCUCACCAGGAAAAUACCAGAGGCUUUCAAUGAGAGCAAGCAUAUCGGUUGGUAUCAUAUAAUUAUGUUUCAUCAUCGGUCAUUUUACGUCCUCACUGUAAAGGCUCAGACCUUCCUUGUGGAUAGUUAAGGAGGAUGGACCAUAACCCUCCACUUACUUACUCUGCGCGCUAGCCCAAUGCGAAUUGGAUGGUAUUAACGACUGAAAAUUUAGCCGGGGCCAGCAAGUUAACAUGCCUUACGAAGCUUAACAUAAUAAUUUUUUGGUCAUCCAGCCCGUGACCAAUAACCGAGCUAAGCUACAAAAUUUUUAUUUACUUGAUACAAAUUAGCAAACUUUCUAGAGACCUUUAUUGCGGAAACAUUACAAUUGGCUACUUGA